AUGUCUCAACAGCGGAGCGUUUCCCCAAACACCGGCUGUGAGGCGGUGACGCAGCGGACCAUGGACACCAGGCCUGUCCGGAGGAGGAGAACCAGUGCUGUCCGACAUCUGCUGCUGGCAGCCGCCUUCCUCGCCUGCAGCUCCCAACUGCUGGUGGUGGAUGCCAACUCAUGGUGGUCACUAGCUCUGACCCCGAUCCAGCGGCCGGAGAUGUACAUCAUCGGAGCGCAGCCUCUCUGCAGUCAGCUGUCUGGACUCUCUCAGGGCCAGAGGAAGCUCUGCCAGCUGUACCAGGACCACAUGAUCCACAUCGGGGACGGAGCCAAGACUGGAAUCAAGGAGUGCCAGUACCAGUUCAGACAGAGGAGGUGGAACUGCAGCACCGUGGACAACACAUCUGUGUUCGGACGGGUCAUGCAGAUCGGCUCCAGGGAAACGGCCUUCACCUACGCCAUAAGCGCGGCCGGCGUGGUCAACGCCAUCAGCCGGGCGUGCCGGGAGGGCGAGCUCUCCACCUGUGGCUGCAGCCGGGCCGCACGACCCCGUGACCUCCCGCGGGACUGGCUGUGGGGCGGCUGCGGCGACAACGUUCACUACGGCUACCGGUUCGCACGCGAGUUCGUGGACGCCAGGGAGAGGGAGAAGAAUUACCCACGCGGGUCGGCCGAGCACGCCCGCACCAUGAUGAACGUGCAGAACAACGAAGCAGGGAGACAGGCCGUCUAUAACCUCGCCAACGUGGCCUGUAAGUGUCACGGAGUCUCGGGCUCCUGCAGCCUGAAGACCUGUUGGCUCCAGCUGGCCGACUUCAGACGCGUGGGGGAGUUCCUGAAGGAGAAGUACGACAGUGCCGCCGCCAUGCGCACCGGACGCAAGGGAAAGCUGGAGCAGGUCGACAAGCGCUUCAACACCCCGACCCCGGAGGACCUGGUCUACAUCGACCCCAGCCCGGACUACUGCCUCCGCAACGAGACCACGGGCUCCCUGGGCACGCUGGGCCGCCUCUGCAACAAAACCUCCGAGGGCAUGGACGGCUGCGAGCUGAUGUGCUGCGGCCGAGGCUACGACCAGUUCAAGACCUACAAGCACGAGCGCUGCCACUGCAAGUUCCACUGGUGCUGCUACGUCAAGUGCAAGCGCUGCACGACGCUCGUGGACCAGUUUGUGUGUAAAUAGCCCACAUGACGGACA